UCGUUACUUGCCAGCUAAGGUCAAAGUUGAAGUGUUGCUUAUGUAUUAUGCCUACUAUGUAUAAAUGCUAUCACCGUGGAACCUGAAGUCCAAUUCAUUAAAUUCUUAUUGGAAACCCACUGGAUAGUGUAACUUGAUCAUAGAAUUAGCAUGGCUGCAUAUUCAGCUCCACCCUCAGAGGUGUUACUGUCAAAAAGAGUUCAAGAAAUGGUCCUUCAUGGGGAGGAGCCACUAGGACCUUAUAUUUGCAGAAGUGGUGAAGAUAAUGAUGGAAAAGAAGACAUCAUGGAUACUUCUCCAAUUCCUAUAAUUGAUCUAAACCUCCUAUCUUCUUCAACAACAUCAGAUAACGAACGCGAACAAGAGUUGGAGAAACUUAGAUCAGCUCUAUCUUCUUGGGGAUGUUUUCAGGGAAUAGGACAUGGGAUUCAAACUUCUUUCCUGGACAAAAUCCGCCAAGUUUCAAGGGAAUUCUUCAAACAGCCAAUGGAAGAGAAGAACAAGUAUGCUAAAUCAGUUGAUGAUUUUCAAGGUUAUGGAGCUGAUCCUGUUCCGGAACAAGGUCAGUCUCUUGAUUGGUCUGAUCGUCUCUUCCUCGAGGUAUUCCCUGAAGGUAGAAGAGAGUAUAACCUCUGGCCACAAAUCCCAAUAUCAUUCAGAGAGGUCUUAGAAGAUUAUUCUGAGAAAAUGAAAAUGGUCACAGAAAUUACCUCUAAAGCUAUGGCAAAGUCACUGAAGCUGGAAGAAAAUUGCUUCUUGGAACAAUUUGGAAAACAAGCACAACUUCAUGCGCGGUUUAACUACUACUCGCCAUGUCAGAGGCCUGAUUUGGUUCUUGGCUUAAAACCCCAUGCUGAUGGAACAGGAUACAGUAUUAUUUUGCAAGAUGAAGUAGGACUCCAAGUGCUUAAGGAUGGCAAAUGGUAUACAGUACCAAAAGAUCCUACAGCUCUGUUUGUUCUCAUGGGUGAUCAAAUGGAGGUAAUGAGCAACGGAAUAUUCAAGGGCCUGGUGCAUAGGGUAGUGAGUAAUUCAGAGAGGGAUAGAAUUUCUGUCGCAAUGUUCUACACACCUGAAUUAGGGAAAGAAAUCGGACCAGAAGAUGACUUAGUCAAUAUGGACAGACCAAGGAUAUACAAGAAAGUGACAGAUUAUGCAGAAACUCACUGGAAGUUUUACCAGCGUGGUUUGAGAGCACUACACACUGCACACAUUUAGUACUACUAUAUAUGUCUUCCACUGUUUUCUUUAUGUUGUGUCGCAAAGAGGUUUUGGAGAGAGGUGCUAAGAUGCAGGUUCAGGUUACCGAGUGACCCUAGAUAGUAGGGUGUGGAGGACACAUAUUAGAGUAGAAGAGUACUAGGUAGUAUAGUGUUGUCUUUUUUAGGGUGGCUAGUGUUUGUGAUGGUACUAGUUGUUUAUUUUUUUAAUAAUCUAUCCUAGUAUAUUGUUUAUGAUAUUUCGAUUAUCA